GAGCAGAUGGCACAUAUAUAAGCGCGAGAUAAUCAGGCCUCGUUACACACUGGGGUCGAGGAGCAGUUUUGAAACAAUGAAGAUAUUCGCGGUAAUCACUGUGCUGUCCCUGGCCGUGUCUUGGACUAAUGCGGACAUUGUACCAGUCAAAGACUGCGGUUCUGUACAGGGCAGCAUCAACAAAGUGGACAUAACUCCGUGUCCAAGCAUACCAUGUCCAUUCAAGAGAAACACAUUUGUCAAUGUGACUAUCAACUUCGCUGCAAAGGGCUCAAUCUCUCAGGCUGGCACAAGUGUUCAUGGAAUCAUAGCAGAUGUCCCUGUACCGUUUCCUCUGCCAGAUGACAAUGCCUGUCAUUUUAUGACAUGCCCUAUCAAUCAAGGAGACACUGUGAAUUAUGCCAACGGAAUUUUCGUCCAAGAGGCAUAUCCAAAGAUUACUUUGAUUGUGAAAUGGGAACUGCUGACCGGAUCCACGGACAUCAUUUGUUUCACAGUCCCAGUGACCAUCACAGACUGAGAUGUUGAGUCUAGUUCUAAUGUUGAAAUCUAUUUAUUUCAAACUUUGUAAACAUUUGUUGACAGCUAGCUUGAACAUUAUCUCAAGGAGAUGAAUCAACGACAACAAUACAAAAAAAAAAUCUAGACAGUAAACUUGUUUAGAAAGGCAAUAAAUGAACAUUAACUCA